UUCUCUCUCUUGUAUACUAGUAUUGUGAUGGUUUUUAGAAGUUUCUUGUUUGGUUCCUCUUGUUGCUUUAUACCACUGUUCAAACCCAAAACCGGACCUUUUCUACUUCCUUCCUCUUCCUCCCCAUUUCGAAGAACAGAAGAAAGCAAUCCCAAUUGAAAUUCAAAUUCAAAUUCUUGCUUAGGGAGAGAGAUAGAUAUCUUAGUUAUCCUAUGGAAAAGGAACUACUUUUAUUUGUUCUUGAAGAAUUCUUUUUGGAAUCCCACAACUAGAAUUAGGGUUUUUUGUUGGCCAUCGCCUCCACUUCAAGGUCUUUGUAAUUAUUGAUAGUAGGUUAUCUGAAUUAGAUGGCUGAAGGUUGGGAUUCAAGUUAUGACCCUGGUAGCCAGUCGGAGGACAGUUAUCAGUUUGAGAGACAGUAUAUAGAACCUAUUUAUGAUACAUUUGUUUGCCCAUUGACAAAGCAAGUCAUGCGCGAUCCUGUGACCUUGGAAAAUGGGCAAACAUUUGAACGUGAAGCAAUAGAAAAGUGGUUUAACGAAUGCAGGGACAGUGGGAAGAAAUUAACUUGCCCCUUGACACAAAAAGAACUAAAAAGUACUGAACUAAACCCUAGCAUAGCUUUGCGGAACACCAUUGAAGAGUGGACUGCUAGGAAUGAAGCUGUUCAGCUAGAUAUGGCUCGGAGGUCAUUAAAUCUGACUAAUCCUGAAAGUGAUGUUUUGCAAUCUUUGAAGUAUGUUCAGUAUAUCUGCCAGAAGAGCAGAUCAAAUAAGCAUGUUGUGCGCAAUGCUGAGUUGAUACCUAUGAUUGUUGACAUGUUAAAGAGUAGCAGCCGCCGAGUUCGGUGUAAAGCAUUAGAAACUCUUAAAACUGUGAUAGAGGAAGAUGUCGAUAAUAAGGCAAUAUUGGCGGAAGGUGACACUGUGCGAACAAUAGUUAAGUUAUUGUCACAUGAGCAAUCCAAAGAAAGGGAGGAAGCUGUCUCAUUGCUGCAUGAGCUCUCUAAAUCUGAAGCCUUGUGUGAGAAGAUUGGUUCAAUCAAUGGAGCAAUUCUUAUAUUGGUUGGAAUGACAAGCAGCAAAUCAGAAAACCUUUUAACUGUUGAAAUGGCUGAGAGAACCCUUGAAAAUCUGGAAAAGUGUGAGAACAAUGUUCGGCAGAUGGCUGAAAAUGGUAGAUUACAGCCUCUUUUGAAUCAGCUUCUUGAAGGUCCUCCGGAAACCAAAUUAUCCAUGGCUUCAUAUCUUGGUGAACUAGUUUUGAACAAUGAUGUGAAAGUCCUUGUGGCUCGCACUGUUGGUUCAUCCCUAAUCAAUAUAAUGAGAAGCGGUAACAUACAGUCAAGGGAAGCUGCUUUGAGAGCUUUGAACCAAAUUUCAUCUUGUGAGCCGAGUGCCAAGGUGUUGAUUGAAGCAGGGAUUCUUCCUCCUCUUGUUAACGACCUCUUUACGGUUAAUCAGCUUCCAAUGCGACUGAAAGAGGUCUCAGCAACAAUUCUUGCCAACAUUGUGAGCUCAGACUAUGAAUUUGAGUCAAUUUCUGUCGGGCCGAACCAUCAGACUCUGGUCUCAGAAAACAUAGUACAUAACCUUCUCCAUCUAAUUAGCAACACUGGUCCAGCUAUUGAAUGCAAACUUCUCCAAGUUCUUGUUGGACUUACUAGUUCCCCUGCUACUGUUCUAAAUGUUGUUACUGCUAUUAAAAGUUCUGGUGCUACAACCAGUUUGGUUCAGUUUAUUGAAGUCCCCCAGAAGGAUCUGCGUUUAGCUUCUAUAAAACUCCUUCAGAACCUCUCUCCCCAUAUGGGUCAGGAAUUAGCUAAUGCCCUUCGAGGCUCAGUUGGCCAGCUUGGCAGCCUAAUUAAAGUCAUAUCAGAAAACAUAGGAAUCACAGAAGAGCAGGCUGCUGCCGUUGGUCUUUUAGCUGAACUUCCAGAGAGGGAUUUGGGCCUUACACGUCAGAUGCUAGAUGAAGGGGCCUUUCAGUUAAUCUUCUCUAGAGUAGUGAAGAUCCGUCAAGGGGAGACUAGAGGUAUCCGUUUUGUGACACCAUAUUUAGAAGGGCUUGUACGGGUUCUUGCAAGGGUUACGUUUGUUUUAGCUGAAGAGCCUGAUGCCAUUGCAUUCUGCCGUGAGAACAACCUUGCUGCUGUGUUCAUUGAACUGCUUCAGUCCAAUGGACUUGAUAAUGUGCAGAUGGUUUCUGCCAUGGCAUUGGAGAACUUGUCUCAGGAGUCCAAGAAUUUAACAAAAUUGCCUGAGUUGCCCCCAUCUGGAUUUUGUGCUUCAAUCUUUCCUUGUUUUAGCAAACAGCCUGUCAUAACUGGAUUGUGCCGGCUUCAUCGCGGAACAUGUUCAUUAAAAGACACAUUUUGUCUUUUGGAAGGGCAGGCUGUUGAGAAACUGGUUGCACUUUUAGACCACACAAAUGAGAAGGUAGUUGAGGCAGCACUUGCCGCUAUAUCUACUUUGCUGGACGAUGGUGUUGAUAUUGAACAAGGGGUGAUGGUGUUGUGUGAAGCAGAGGGGGUUAAACCUAUACUUGAUGUGUUGCUUGAGAAACGGACAGAGAAUCUAAGGAGAAGGGCAGUAUGGGCUGUCGAGAGACUUUUACGAACUGAGGAUAUAGCAUAUGAAGUUUCUGGAGAUCCAAAUGUCAGUACUGCACUUGUUGAUGCCUUUCAGCACGCUGACUAUCGAACCCGGCAAAUUGCUGAGCGUGCAUUGAAACAUGUUGACAAGAUACCAAAUUUCUCAGGUAUCUUUCCAAACAUGGCAUAGGCCACUUUCAGUCAAUCUGUGCACAAAAUUGAUCAGUGGAAGGACAUGUAUGUAAUUCAUCCUUCGUCCUGAGCGGUUUGAUGUGGCUACAUUUUGCAAAAUAGGUAGAUAUAUUGUUGUAAAAAAGAUUUUGUUCGUUUGUUGUCAAUGAUGCUCUUUCUUUUACCUUAAAAUUCUCGUGGUUGCAUAUAUUGUACUUUUGCAUAGGGAGUGAAUUAUUGGUUUUUAUGAUGCUUCGCAAGCAUCCAUCAAUAAUUAAUAACUGGGACAUUCUAUUCUCU